AUGGACGUGGGAUCAAAUUAUAACUUUGGAAUAUCACAACCUUCAGUAUCAAGAUGUAUUGAAGAAGUUGUCAAUGCCAUGAACAGAAAUGAAAUUUUUAACGCUUAUGUACAUUUCCCUAGAAAUAUACAAGAACUCAAUGCUGCUAGAAUGGGGUUUUUUGAAAAGUAUAAUUUCCCAGGAAUAAUUGGGUGUAUAGAUUGCACACAUGUUGCAAUAUUCCCCCCUAAAGUGGAUGAUGAUAAUUAUCCUGAACAUAUUUAUGUGAAUAGGAAGAAUUAUCAUUCCAUUAAUGUACAACUGAUAUGUGACCAUAAUUUGAAGAUUAUUAAUGUGAAUGCUUUAUUUCCUGGCAGUACUAAUGAUGCUUUCAUUUGGAACCAAUCCAAUGUGCAAACCCUAUUAAGACGAUUACACGAGGCCGGAAAUAAAAAUUAUUUCUUGUUAGGCGAUUCGGGUUACCCAUUAAGAAGUUGGCUGUUAACACCUUUAGAAUAUGAACCACGACCUAAUAUACCUGAGCACUUCUAUAAUUCUAGACAUAAAACCAUACGGAGCACAAUCGAAAGAUGUAAUGGUGUAUUAAAAAUGAGAUUUCGCUGCCUUCUUAAACACAAGGUUUUGCAUUACUUCCCCGAGAAAGCCAGUAAAAUUAUAAACGCCUGUGUUUUGCUGCAUAACUUGUGUAUUGAGCAUAACAUAGAAACUCCACAAAAUGAGGAAGCCGAACAAAUUGAUUUGGGCGUGCAUGUCCCAGAAAGAAAUCAUGUUGUUGAGAGAGUAAAUCCCGAACUGGCUGCUGGCAGAAACCAAAGAAAUAAAUUAAUUACACUUUUGCAACAAUAAAUAAUCGGC